AUGCCCCUGGUGCUAGGGGUAAUGUGGCAACAGGAUGAUGUCUAUUCCUUUGAAAAUGCAGGAAUUCCAGCCGGUGUAGAUAUUGAAAAACUUACCGAUAUCGGGCAAUGGAUAUCCGACGAACUUGGUAUCCCGAAUGGGAGCAGGGUAGGUGCUGCUCUCGUCGCAAAGAAGAAGAGCACAGUUCCAGCCGCCACAAGUUCUCCGGCGAUGAGUACCACUAGACAGUGGGAUGCUGUUGAGGACACUAGAGAAUAUCGCGUGUCCCGGUCCGGAGUCAUUCUCAAGACCUACAACACUCCUAUACAACUCUCAACGACUUAA